UCAGAAAUGGAAGUUUGCAUUGAAAAAAGUGCUAGGAUUCGACUGUGUAUUGUUAACGAAAACCCGGUUUUUAUUUGGCGUUAUAGAGGAUGCGAUUCUCUGUAGGUGGACAGGAGCAUUACAUUGCAUGAGGCAGAGCUUGAGAAUUCUGGGUAACUGGAUGCCGAGGAACGACUCUCUCUUUUCCCCCUUAGAGCUAGACACCUCUCUGCAGGAUGUCUCGAACUCCUCUCUCUCCCCGCCACUGGCCGAUUGGGUGGCUCCCACAUUUACCCGGGCGGCACAGUUCCGAGUUGGCGCCACACUGGUGCUUUUCCUGUUUGCAGCAGUCAGUAACCUGGCACUCCUUAUCAGCGUGUGCCGUGGACGGGGACGGCGACUGGCUUCUCACCUGCGGCCCCUCAUUAGGAGUCUGGCCGUAGCAGAUCUGAUGAUGACAUUUAUCGUGAUGCCACUGGACAUGGUGUGGAAUGUGACGGUACAGUGGCACGGAGGUGAUGGUCUUUGCAAGUUGCUUAGCUUCCUUAAGUUGUUUGCCAUGCAGGCCUCUGCAUUCAUCCUGGUGGUGAUCAGCCUGGACCGACAGCAUGCCAUCCUGCACCCUCUCGACACCCUUAAUGCACACCGGCGCAACAAGAGAAUGCUGGUGCUGGCAUGGAGCCUCAGCUUGCUCCUUGCAUCCCCACAGUUGUUUAUCUUCAGAGCUAUCAAAGCAGAAAAAGUGGAUUUCACUCAAUGUGUAACACAUGGGAGUUUUCCAGAGCGAUGGCAGGAGACAGUCUACAACAUGUUCCACUUUGUCACUCUCUAUGUUAUACCUCUUCUAGUCAUGAGCUGCUGUUACACCCGCAUCCUCUUCGAGAUCAACAGACAGGAACACAAAAACAAAGCGGGGGAGUCGUGUCUCCGGCGCAGCCGAACAGACAUGAUCCCCAAAGCAAGAAUGAAGACGCUGAAGAUGACAAUAAUCAUCGUCCUGUCAUUCAUAAUCUGCUGGACUCCAUACUACCUGUUGGGGAUCUGGUACUGGUUCCAACCAGAGAUGUUGAAGGUCACUCCUGAGUACGUCCACCACCUGCUCUUUGUAUUUGGUAACCUGAACACCUGCUGUGACCCAGUGAUCUACGGCUUGUACACUCCGUCUUUCCGCGCUGACCUGGCGCGAUGCUGGGGAUGCCGUUCAACCAGCGACUCCCCUCGCUCUCUGGAGCGUCUCUCUGCCCGACAGGGGCCUCACAGCGCAGAGCAGGAAUCCGAUCCUGCCAGUGUGAAAGGAGCUGAGGGCUAAAAUAAGAACAAACAAACAGAUUUAUACCUGAGAGAUCUAUCCUGAAGCUGUCUACACUAAAGAAGAUAAGGAAGUGGAUUACAAAAAAAGCAGUUUUUUUUUUUUUUUAGAAAUGUAAUGUAAUUGGAUGUAAUAAAAUGCCCAGAAAUGUUUAAUGUCAGACCAGAAAUCCUGAUGGCAGACGCAUUGCAGCAGAUACAUCAGCAUUAGAGCUGUGAUUUCUGUGAUGCUGCCAGGUGCACGGCUGGCUUUUGCAAUAUCUUCCAUUUUAUAACAGCAGUGAGUGACAUUUCCUGCUGCAAAUCUGCGUCUCUGUGCUAUUCUUUAAAAAACAAGUCUUAACAUAAUUUCAUAGUUACAUAAAAACAUAAUUAAAAUUAAUAACCCUGCAAAUCCUACACACUGACUGAUUAACAGGGAUAAAGUGUGUUUAAAGGCUGAACCACUUUCUGCCUCUGCAGACUG